UAAGGGUUGCGUUGAAUCAAUUGAUUCAAUUCUCCGGGUUGGAAAACCCGUCACUGGAAUAGAAUUUGGGUUGGAAAUUCGGCCAAGGGCCAAACCGGAUCGGAAUUUUAUUCCCGACAAAAAGAUUGAGAGGACAAAUUGUUCUGUUCAGUCCCGUAAAAGAAACAAGGAGUAGUAGAAGAAGGCGAAGAUGGGUUGUGACGAUGGAUCUACCUUCUCUCGUACGUCGGCGUUCAUCUGUACAAUUUUACUGUUCUUAGCAGCCGGGGCACUUGGAUCCACCCCUGAAACUCAUAGAAGUGGCAUGUCAUCUUUGUUCUCUUUAUUUAAUCUUAAGGAGAAGAGUCGUUUCUGGAGUGAGGCCGUUAUACAUGGAGAUUUGAAUGACUUAGAAUCUUUAAGCCCUGGCAAAAUGGGUGCGCUCAAUUACACCAAGGCAGGUAACAUUGCGAAUUAUCUAAAGCUUUUUGAAGUUGAUUCCAUAUAUCUUCCAGUCCCUGUGAAUUUCAUUUUUAUUGGAUUUGAAGGGAAGGGCAACCAAGAAUUCAAGCUUCACUCUGAAGAACUUGAGCGGUGGUUCACGAAAAUUGAUCACAUCUUUGAACAUACACGAGUUCCGCAAACUGGAGAAGUUCUGACCCCAUUCUACAAAAUUAAUGUAGAUAAAGUGCAACGUCACCAUCUUCCUAUUGUCAGCCACAUAAAUUACAAUUUUUCUGUUCAUGCGAUACAAAUGGGCGAAAAGGUCACCUCUAUUUUUGAGCAUGCUAUCAAUUUGUUUGCCCGUGAAGAUGAUGUUUCUAGUAACAGGGAUGACGGGGGUGCUCUUUGGCAAGUUGAUGUGGACAUGAUGGAUGUUCUUUUCACUAGCCUUGUUGAAUAUCUCCAACUUGAAAAUGCAUAUAACAUUUUCAUUUUGAAUCCUAAGCGCAAUGUGAAAAGGGCUAAAUAUGGAUAUAGGAGAGGUUUAUCUCAGUCAGAAAUAGACUUUCUUAAAGCGAACAAGAGUUUGCAAACAAAAGUUCUCCAGUCAGGAAAUGUUCCAGAAACUGUUCUCGCUCUCGAUAAGAUUAAGAGACCUUUGUAUGAGAAGCAUCCAAUGGCAAAGUUUGCCUGGACAAUAACUGAAGAUGCAGACACGGGGGAAUGGUACAACACUUGCCUAGAUGCGCUGACUAAUGUUGAGAGGUUGUACCAAGGGAAAAAUACUGCAGAUAUUAUUCAGAGCAAAGUUUUACAGUUAUUGAAAGGGAAGAAUGAAGACAUGAGGCUUCUUUUUGAAAAGGAAUUAAAAUCCAGGGAUUUUGGUGAUUUUCAUGUCGAAUGUCUCACAGAUACAUGGAUUGGAAAAGACAGGUGGGCAUUUAUUGAUUUAAGUGCAGGCCCUUUCUCAUGGGGACCUGCUGUUGGUGGAGAAGGUGUGCGCACAGAAUUAAGUUUACCAAAUGUGGAAAAAACAAUCGGUGCAGUUUCAGAACUUUCUGAAGAUGAGGCUGAAGAUAGGUUGCAAGAUGCUAUUCAGGAGAAGUUUGCUGUAUUUGGUGAUAAAGAACAUCAGGCCAUUGAUAUUCUUCUGGCGGAGAUUGAUAUAUAUGAGCUUUUUGCUUUUAAACAUUGCAAGGGAAGGAAGGUUAAGCUUGCUCUUUGUGAAGAACUUGACGAGAGAAUGAGGGAUUUGAAAAAUGAGCUCCAGUCUUUUGAAGGUGAAGAAUAUGAUGAAAGUCACAAGAGAAAGGCCAUAGAGGCAUUAAAGAGAAUGGAGAGUUGGAAUUUGUUCAGUGAUACUUAUGAGGAGCUACAAAAUUACACAGUUGCACGCGAUACUUUUCUUGCGCAUUUAGGUGCGACAUUGUGGGGAUCUAUGCGACAUGUUAUAUCACCCUCCAUUGCUGAUGGGGCUUUCCAUCAUUAUGAGAAGAUAUCCUUUCAAUUGUUUUUCAUCACACAGGAGAAAGUAAGAAAUAUAAAAAAAUUGCCUGUGGAUCGCAAUGCCAUUAUGGAUGGACUUUCUUCUUUGUUAUUAUCUUCUCAGAAACCUAUGUUCAGCGAGCACGUGCUAACUCUGUCAGAGGAUCCUGCUUUGGCAAUGGCCUUUUCGGUGGCACGAAGAGCAGCAGCUGUCCCAUUAUUGCUUGUUAAUGGAACUUACAGGAAAACCAUUCAUACGUAUCUUGACUCUUCCAUUCUCCAGUUUCAGUUGCAGAGGCUGAAUGAGCAUGGUUCUCUCAAAGGGUCACAUGCCAACAGUAGAUCCACGCUUGAAGUUCCAAUCUUUUGGUUCAUUCAUGGCGAGCCAUUGUUGGUUGACAAGCAUUAUCAGGCAAAGGCACUCUCUGACAUGAUUAUUGUCGUUCAAUCGGAGGAUUCAUCUUUGGAGGGUCAUCUUCAUUGUAACGGGCACUCACUUUUGUGGAAUUUGAGGAGGCCCAUAAAAGCUGCAUUGGCUGCUGCCUCAGAGCAUCUUGCUGGUUUGCUUCCUCUUCAUCUUGUCUACAGUCAAGCUCAUGGAACUGCUAUUGAGGAUUGGAUAUGGUCAGUAGGAUGCAACCCUUUUUCCGUUACUUCUCAAGGCUGGCAUAUAUCACAGUUUCAGUCUGAUACAAUUGCCCGGAGCUAUAUCAUCACAACGCUUGAAGAGUCUAUUCAACUGGUUAAUUCAGCCAUUCAUCUUCUAGUCAUGGAGCAUACAAUGGAAAAUACCUUUAGACUCUUUCAGGGUCAGGAGCGUGAGCUAGUGAACAAAUAUAAUUACAUUGUAAGCUUGUGGAGAAGGGUUUCAACUGUUACUGGAGAAUUGCGUUAUGUGGAUGCCCUAAGACUGCUAUAUAUUCUAGAGGAAGCAUCGAAAGGGUAGGCACUUGAACCUGAAACUUAAUUUGUUGUUACCGUUGAUCAUCAAUAGUGGGUUAAUGAAAAUCUCCUUGAGCGAAAAAU